UCAACCUCGGGCAUCUAUGCCGUCCCUAAACUCACCGAGAAGAACUGGGUCGAAUUCAAGACGAAGUCCGUCAUGUCACUAACGGCACGAGGAUUGAACCGUCACCUCGAUGGCACUGUCAAAGUUCCCCAACCACUUCCGAUGUCUCCCAAUGGUAAAAAGACCCUUCUCCACGACAACAUGAUGCAGGCAACUGAUGCCGACAUCGAGUCGAACUUAACUCUCCUCGACACUCAUGCGCAGAAGGAAGCUCUCGCUAUCCAGCAGCUCUAUGCAACUGUCCCAAACACCGUGAUGAUUCAGGUGCAGAACAAAGGCUCCGUCGCCGCGAUUUGGAAGGCCAUUUGCCUCAUCUAU